CUUAGUACGGACGUAAAAAAGCGAAAAAAACGUCGCUCGGUUGAAAUUUCAGUGUUUUCACAAGGAAAAAUAAUAAAAAUUGGUGCUGAAAAUAAAAAGAAAAUAAAUAAUUAUUUAAAAAUAAAUAAAUAAAAAUUAAAAACGGCUAAAAAGUGACCGUUAACGAAUAAAAAGCACAAAAAAUAAUUAAAAUUCCAGAGGAUAACCGUCAAAAAAAUAUAAAAUUAACAUAAAAUCAAAUAAAAUUCUUGUACAGUGUAACGUCUUUUUAUCUGUUUGUGUCUUCUUCAUCACACACAACACAAGAUAUAAUUUAAAUAUUUAAACAGAAAACCCAAUUCAGCAAUACAAGAAACCAACACAAACGCAAAAAUUGCUACUUUUCAUGCAGCGCGCCGUUAACGAACACUUUUGCAGUAAAUCUUGAAAGAAACCUGUUUUUCGUGUAGCGAUCUACGGAGCAACAUAUUUUUGCGUCAGUAACAAAGAGUCAGUUGUUGCUCAUUAAGAAAAAAAUAUAAAUAAAUAAACGUUAACUGGAAUUCAUUAAAGUAAAAAAUUCUAAACACAGAUAAAACAAAGAUAGAUUUUUGCAGCGCAACACAUCACACGGAGAAACUGGGCGAAAAGAUAACAAAGUGUGACAGAAUUAUCAUUAAAAAAAGUGAAUUUCAUAAAUAAUUUCUCUCAAUAAGUUUUAAUUAAAGAAAAAUAUUCGAAAAGUAAAGUAAAGUGCAUAAAAUAACAAAGUAUUUAAAUAUUAAUGAGAAAAGGAUGAAAAUAAUUGAGUGAAAAAAUUUUAAUGAGCACCACGCUUCCAGGCUUUUAAAAUUAAGCCAAUAAAGUUUCGAAAGAAGGUCAUGAAAUAACAAGAAAAAAAAUGUAAAUUAUUUCAAACAAAAAAAAAAUAAAUUAUUAAAAUUAAAAAGAAAUUUUCACCAUGAAACAACGAAAAAAAUAUUCAAGUCAAAGAACUAGAAAUUUAUUGCUGCUUUUCGCAAUAAAUCUCCUUCUUAUCUCACUGCCAUGCCCGAGCCGUGCUCAGGAUGUCGAGUCAAACGAGCUCGACCAAACCUCCAACGAUAUCGUAAAUCCCGAUGAAUAUCGCAAGAACGACCAAUACCAUUACAUCGCGUCGCCGUCGUCACAAAAUGCCGUGACCGAAAUCACGGAAACCUCAGUCACGGGGGAAAAGGUGUUACGAAUGUCGGAAAGCCCGUAUCAGCUGCGAACAGAUUUGGUCGUUGAACGCGGUGCCAAAUUGAUGGUUGAACCGGGUGUUGUUGUGUAUUUUGCACCAAUGGUCGGCAUCACCGUCAAGGGAGUCAUUAAAGCAAUUGGAACAGCCAAUCGCAAAAUAACUUUCACGAGUAUACCAAAUUCAGGAUAUCCGGAUUUGACGAGUAUUGAUCACACGGAAGCGGGAGCUCGUCUUGUUGAUGGUCCGUCACCCGUUGAAGGUCGAUUGCAAAUUUAUCAUCAUGGUAAAUGGCGAUCGGUUUGCAGUAAUUCACGGAAUUGGACAAUUGCCGAUUACGAAACCGUGUGUCGUCAAAUGGGCUUCAAAGGAGGUCGUUUUUGGAAUUGGAUGGAACGUGCCUUCAACUACGAUCCCCGUUUACUCUACGAAGAUCCUGCCUGCACCGGAAACGAGCGAAAUCUCUUCGAAUGUCGCAACUGGCGAGCUCGUCAACUCGGAUCCGGCGUUUGUGACUAUCACGCCGACAUCGGAAUCCAAUGUUUGCCUCUUCUGCAAGGCACAAGCAGUCAUUGGGCUGGAUUAAAAUUCGAUUUUGCUCAAAGUGGCGAACAAUUGAGUCAAGGAGACACCCUUUUCGAGGCUGUGAGUCUUUCAGAACUCGAACAUGUCGAAAUUAUUCGUCCUGGAGCAGGAAGAAACCGCAUCGUAACCGCUGGAAUUCAAGUUUUGGGAGUUCCGCCGCAACUGCGACACGUAUUAGUCGAUCAUUCGGCUUAUAAUGGGAUCAAUGUGACAAAACAUGAUGCGGCUUUCACUUUCAAGGAUGUUCAAGUACGGAGAAGUAAAGGUUACGGCGUCUUUGUGAACUCGUCGUAUGGCUUAGCUCACUUGGAAGACUGUAAAAUCCAUGAAAACGGCGCUGAUGGCGUUCGAUAUGUCGGGCAUGACUUGCGAGCUGACGAAAGACGUGAUCGAAAUAAAAUUUUAGACUUUUGUACGUUGCCCCGGACAUCAAAUCAGAUCUAUCCGAUACAUUUGUCGAUAUUACAAUCGGCAUUUGCGGUCACCAGCAAGGAAUGCGAGCAACUUUUCUCAACGAAACCUGGUUACACGCUCACUUUUUCCUUCACCUACUUCAUGGUGAAACGCAACGAAAGUGCUUGGAUUGAAGUUUUCGACGGACCAACAGUCAACGAUCGUCUUCUAGGAAAAUGGUACGUUCGAAACGACACCCGCCCCCAAAGCUUAUCCAGCACUCGCGAGAAACUCCUCGUGCGUUUUCAUGGCGACGCAAGGUCCGAAAUUCACGCUUAUUUCAAAGUUACCGCCGGAUUAUUCAAAGCUUACGAUCUGAACGUAACCUCGAGCGUAAUUGAGGAUAACGGAGGUCGCGGAAUCGCUGUCGAUAACAUUCGUUCGGCAAUUCACGUGCAUUCGACAUCAAUUUCGAACAACAAUCACAUGGCGGGACUUCAUAUCUUGAAUGGCGCUGGCGAUAUCAAUGUCACGGAUUCUCAUAUUCAAUUCAACCAAGGCGAUGGCAUCAAUAUCACGUAUUACGGAGGCAAUCGGAACGUUUCAAGGUCAUUUUUGUCUUCGAAUCAAGGUUACGGGAUGGCUGUUUGGCUUAAUGAAACCGCAAUCGAUCGUCAAGAGUUCGUUCCUUUCAACCAAACAAGCGUUUUGGAGUAUUCCGAGAUCGUUCGUAACUUGGAAACGGGAUUUUAUCACGGAAAUUACUCAAAAACGCACUGGGUCAAUGUCACAGGCAACUUUUUCAACGAUUCCAUGAACGACGGCGUCGAAAUCCUAUCGGGAUGGUUCGAACAAGCACCUGGCGAACGCUUAAAACUCCAAAUUGGUCACAACACCUUCCGACAUGGACAGAAAAUUGGCGUGAAAUUAAGUCCCGCGCUCAAUUUGGAUGCGCGCAUCGAAUAUAACAUCUUCGAAAAAGGCAAACACGGUCAAUUGUUGAUACGAAAUAAGCAACUUGAGGAAUUUCGUAUGUUACCGGUGGAUAUUUUGGUGCUGAAUAACUAUUUCUUGAGGAAUCAAGGCAGAUAUGUAGCUUCUUUGGGUUUGUCCGCCUAUAGCGAUCGCAAGGACCAACAAAUUUUGUUUUUUAAGAAUUUCGUGAGAGAUAACAAGAUAACGGAGCCAUUCACGAUGAUUGAGGAAGCAGGCGAAGGCAUGUCAGGUGAAGGAAGAUUAAGUCCCCGUUCGAGAGUGGCAGCUCCGAUCGUUAUAACAACAAAUAAUGUCGAUGUCUUCCGUAAUAUCAUCUCGAAUCCGGAUUCAAAGUACGAAGUUGGGUCCCAGUUCUCCGAUCAAAGUGCCGUGCUGAAUGUAACUUACAACUUUUUGGGCACAACUGACGAAGAAAAGGUCUAUCGUCGCAUUUUUCAUCGCAAAGAUCGUUAUAAUUUGGCAAAAAUCGAGUAUAUUCCGUAUUUGUUGCACAAUUCGAACCCCAUGACGCCGCAAGUUUUCCAAUAUCCAAUGUACGUGCCACAUUUUUAUACAGAAGGCACGGAAAAAGUCGGCGGUGAAGUCGAUGGGCAAGAGGAAUUGCCGCCCGGUUCGUAUACCGUAGAUCGUGACAUCAGCAUCCGUCCCGGAGGAAAAUUAAUUUUGAAGCCUGGAGUGGUUUUGAAUUUCGCUCCAAGUGUUGGAAUGAUGGUUGCUGGCAAAUUAGAGGCACGCGGGCGAUCUCCUAAUGACAUCAUGUUUACGCUGAAACGUGAACCGAUCAUGACGAAUGAUACCGAGCAUGAGAUGGAAGCGUUGAAAGUCGAUCCAGAUUUUAAUAUUGACACGGAAACGGAGCCAAUUGACAUUCCGACGACAGUUAAAGAUGCAAUUCCCGCCGUUUUUACGCCCGUUCGUCUCGUUGGAGGUCAAACCGAGCACGAAGGACGCUUACAAGUGCACAUCGAUGGCCGAUGGGGCACCGUUUGUGAUUACAAUUGGAACAUAGUGAAUGCCGCUCUGGUCUGUCAUCAACUCGGCUUAGCUCUAAAUCCAAAAGAUUGGCGAUUGGAACGUAGUGAAGUGCCAAGUGCCGGUCUCGAUGAAGAUGUCAUCUUGUCAAAUGUGCGAUGCACCGAACACGAUAACGAUAUUACCAAAUGUCGCGCCGAACAUGUCUCAAAAAAUCAGUUUGAAAAUAGUUGUUCGCACGACACAGACGUCGGUGUGCGAUGUUACGAAGGAGCCUGGGCCGGCUUACGUUUCGGAGUUCUUGCGGAACAAGCGGAUUUACAAUACGUAACGAUUGAAAAAGCAGGACUUUUCGAUUAUGUGACGAACACUUUCAAGCCGGCGAUUCAAUUUGACUUUGCGCGUCACAAUUUGGACAACGUUCGAGUCGUCGAGAACUUGCAUGAUGGUUUGGGCGUCAUUUACAGCGACAUUUUUUCGGGUGGCAUCAACAACAUCCGCAACUCCGAGUUCAGCAAGAACAAAGGAAACGGCAUAAGUCUCAAGCAACUCGGAUUACAAGUGAAACAUUCGAUGAUUAAGGAAAAUUUUGCUGCUGGCAUUCAUCAUGAUCCCGUUUUAUCGGCUUUGGAGCAACGAGAACUCGCCGGAUGGUUCAUGAUGUCGCCAGAUUCGGGCGAUUUGGAUACAGAUUAUAAGCCAAUUGUGCUGCCGCGGGACAAUCACAACAUCGAUGUCGAUCAGUGGAAGCCCAAAUACGUGAUAACGGAAAAAACGAGGGAUAAUGUCGAAGUUACCAUCAAUGCACGAUGUCAACCUGGAUAUGUAAUCGGCAUGCAACUUUUGAAUCCCAUCGAAAAUCGCAGUUCUGAGGAGAUUUUCAUCUAUGAUUCGCAAACGGGGAAUCUCAAGUCGGAUAUUUGGCUGGUGAAACGUGAUAUUUCGACUUUUCCGGUGACAAGUAGCUCCUAUGGCAUCGUCAUCAAGUACAAAAGUGGCACAAACGCCCUCGGUGGUGUCGUUUUAGUACUAAGUGCGAUACAGGCACCUGCUCAAACGAUUUACAACCGAAUUGUACGAGGACCGGUGCCAACAUUGACAGUUACUUCAUCGAAAAUUCAGAAAAAUUUCCGGGGAUUGACUGCGAUGUACUACAAUCGGUAUCUGGGCGACGAAGGAGAACAUUAUUUACGCAAAGCGAACGAGUCUAUUAAACUUGUGAAUUGCGAAAUCACGCAAAAUCUCGGCGAAGCCUUUUACAUCAACUCUCCUUUUUGGGAUGUGCACGAAAGUAACAUCAGUGAAGUCCAUAUCCACAUUAACAACUCCCGGAUCAUCGAUAACGGGCGUGGGGUGCGGCAAUUUUCGAAAGAUUUACGUUCCAGCAACAAUUUGUUCCAUUACGUCAUGCAAGACACGACUUUUGAACGCAACGGUCUCGGAGGUUUGGAACUUUCGCUUCCUUUUGUCUGGCAAUACAACGAAAAUUUCACUCAUUCGAUCUAUUUGGGUAACGAUACGUGGAGCCAAAAUCGUCGCUUCGGCAUUUCCAUUGAGGGACACUUUGCUGAAGUGAAUAUCACGGGAAAUCGCUUCAUUGAGAACGAUUGCUUGCACGGUCUUGUCGGUUUCAAAGGCAUGGAGAAGAAAUUCCGCAUAGAUUUCAACAAAUUUCACCGAAACAACGGAAAGUACAUGGUCGAGUUCAAAACUGACAGUCAAAGUGAGAUUUUGGGAUCGGUAUUUGCGCUUUUUGCCUUCAACGAACUCGAAAAUAACACAUUUAACGAGCGGGAAAUGUUCAAACCGACUUUCAGGGCCGCGAUGCGAGCUUAUCAUCAGAAGCUGAAACACCCAACUUGCGUUAUUGGCUUUGGAGGUGUGCAAAAAGUUCAAAUUUAUCGAAAUGUUUUUAGAAAUAAUGGACAAGAAUAUGACUUGGUAGCUGGAGUUCACUCGGCAAGACUCAAUAAUGAACUUUUGGCGACGGAAAAUUGGUGGGGAAGCAAAGACCCGUUGUACAUCCGCACGCGAAUCUUUGAUUUUGAGGAUUGGAACAAUCAUGCCGAGGUAAAAUGGCGGCCAUUUUUGUUAGAAGACGAUAUGGAGGGAAGUCAAUCUUCAUCUGUGCCUGAUAAAAUACCAGUUGACUUGUCAAAUGUCGGCGGAAAAAUCACCGAAGAUUUGGUUUUAUAUCAACGUGACAUUCCGUACAUCAUCAAUUCCGACAUCACGAUCAUGCCAAAAGUGACGCUCACCAUUCAUGGCGGCGUUGAAAUGCGUUUCGCGCCAAAUGUGGGAAUUUUAGUGCUUGGUACUUUGAUCGCUCGUGGCAUUGAUGGCGGCGAAAUUUUGAUGCAUCCCAUUGAAAAUGUCCCAAAAUCGAUGCAAUCGAGGGAACAACACACAAUUACGCGACGCGGCUUGGAAAGUCAAGAAAUGCAUGAUGGAAUCCGUUUGUGUAAAGAUGGAAAUUGCACAAUUCCUGAUUUUGGCGCCAAAAAACAUCACGAAGGUUUUCUCGAAUUUUUCAAUCGGACAACGCUUCAAUGGGUGCCUGUCUGCGAUCGACGAUUCACCGAGAGAAAUGCUCAAGUCGUUUGUCGUGAACUUGGUUUUGAUCCCUUAGACACUUUUUACGGGCACGACAAACGCAUCGAGUUUCAUAUCAACAGUUUGACCCGAAUUUGGUCAUGGCUUGAACCGCUUGAAUGCGACGGCGACGAAAAUCGUCUGUCCGAUUGUCCGGAACGCCUGAACGGACAAGUCUAUGGGCGUCGUCACGAUUGCAAAUGGGAUGAUGAAUUCGUUUUUGUGUCGUGCCACGGUGAAGGUGACACAAAAUCCUAUUGGGGCGGCAUCCGUUUCGCCAAUCCCGAGUUUGAACAGAACUUGUACGAGCAUCGGAUACACGACACGCAUACCCAUGACACAAUCAAGAAGCAGGAAAGCUUUUUGGAGUACGUGAGAAUUGUUCGGGCGGGGAUUUUGCAUGGAGAAAAGUCGGCGGCGGUGCAAAGUAUCAACAAAAAUCCGACGAUUAGGAGUGUUUCGAUCAUCGAUAGUGCGCAUCAUGGCAUUAAUUUGGUGUCGCCGAGCGAUACGAUCCAUUUGCAACAUUUGAACAUCAGAAAUUCCUUCGGGCAGGGCAUUAAUGCGAUUUCUUUGACGGGCGAGGGACGCGAAAGUGACGAAAGUAGCUUUGCCCCGUUGAAAGAUCUGGAUUUGCCCUAUAGUUUGUUCAGCAUGAUCGAUAUUUGUGACACGACGAAGGAAAUUACCAUCGAGGAACGUGUAUUAGUUUACUACAAAUACGACAAUAAUCCCGUAAAUUGUGUGAAAAUCUUCAAUAGCGCGUAUCGUGUCAAACCAUUAGGCUUCAGACUUCUCCAAUCGAAUUUAUUCAACCAUUCCAAGGAGUAUGGGCGACGAGACAAGAUCCUGUUAUACGAUGGAGACAUCUAUAACGUGUCCUCGGUGAAAAUUGGUCAAGUAGAAGCUGAUGGAAAUGAUCGGAAAUUGUUCAAGACUCACGAACCAACUUUGAGUAUUCGAUUAAUUGCGAGCGGAGCACCUGCCCGACACGGAUUCAUCGCUGAAGUUGUUACUUUACCCAUUUCUGGCAUUUUAUUCAAUCGUGAUGCUCAACAUAACAUCUCCAACUCGGAAAUUGUCAAUAAUGUCGGCGGUGCGAUCGAAUAUGUUUCCGUUGGGGAAGUUACGCCAAUUUUAACGCUCGAAAGAAAUCGAUUUAUGAACAAUUGUCGUCAGUUGUACGGAAAUUUCUCGACUUGUGAGUCACCGAUCUCAGUUGAUGUCCAAAAUAUGCAGUCCCUGUACUUUAGAAACAAUUUAGUGCAAGACAACCAAGGAGGCUUAUUUGUUCGUGCGGAUUCUCGUGGCUCAGCGACUUCCUUACGCGCCUACAUUCACCACAAUUUAUUCACGCGCAACAAAAAUCGCCCAUCACUCUUAAUCGAAGGACGUCAAUCGUCGCCGUACCAAGAAGUAACGAUCUACAAAAAUUAUUUCACCCAAAAUAAGGCUGGUUACAAAGAUGUCAUCGGAUUGAGGCAAGUCGUUAGCAACUUUACCUACAAUUACGUGCACAGCAAUUGGGGCGGUCGAAUAGUUGAAAUUUCCGGCUUUGAUAAGGUUCGACUGCCAAUUUACCAAACAACGAGUCACAAUGGAUUUUAUGAUAAUGUCGCCACGGAUUGGCAUGGCAGAGCAACAAUUGUGGCAGGAACUGCUGGACAACAUUAUAUCGACAACAUUUUCUAUAAUCCGGAUAAUGAUUACGAGAUUAUAACAGUUAACAAAUCGAUAUUCGAAGUUCAGCAGUACUGGAAUAGCACAAUUGAUUUGUGGAAGACCAAAAUCGACGCAGCCCAUAAUUAUUGGAGUUACAACGAGACUUUGGCUGUCGGAUCUCGAAUUCGUGAUCGCAUCGAUGACCCACAACUCUUGGAAGUGCAAUACCUCCCUCUGCAGAUGAAUAAUUUGUCAAUUCUCGAUGGCGGUAAAUGUCCUCCAGGAUGGUCGAUGUUAAUAGAUACGUGUUACAUGUACGUUGGAGCUCCCAUGACGUAUCAAGAGGCGAAAGAUUUCUGUCGAAGUGAUAAUGCGUCGUUACCAUUCAUUAGGGGAGACACUACCCAUCUAUGGCUUUAUCUGCAAAGGCAAAUGGCGCAUUUGAGAUACACCGAAAGAGUUUGGAUUCAGGAUCUGGACUUCAUAAAUCGUUGCACGUCGUUCGUUUAUCGCAGCGUAGAGUUCGAUGAUUGUGAAGCUAAAAAUCCAUUUGUGUGCGAAAUUGAUCCAAAAGUGUUUUUGAAGCCCAUUUUUUGGUCAGCUGACAUCGUUUUCAUCUCAGUUGUGGUGCUUUUUGUCGUUGCAAUUGUUUUGCUGCUCAUUUUGUGCUGUUGUUGGUACUCCAAGACGAAACAUCGGCAAAUGCAGAGGUUCGAGAGACGUAACAGCAUUCGUCAGAGCUUGAGAAGCUUGAACAGCAUCGAUCCCCAAGGGUCGUUACGACGAAGAAAUUAUGUCGUUGGUCGCUCAAAUGAUACUUUGACAAAAUCAACUGUAACGGAUUACAAAAAAAUGAUCGGAGAUGGUUCCAUUGAGUCAAUCGAGAAGAGCGUUUUGAGUUCGGAGACGUCGUUAGAGCGUUAUGACACCUCAAACGCCCCGUACGGCGAUUAUUCCAACACGCAAGGCUACAAUGACAUUCUUACGCCGAAAUUUGAGCAAUAUGCGAACAACAUUCAAAAGCCCGAACCGCAACCGCGUCCCAAAGUCUAUGGUCUUCCAGUGUACAACGAACAAGGAUUCGAGCUCGCUUACCGCAACGAAGGAUUUAAAGAUAAUUCGGUGUUUGGUACUCGUAACAACAGCGUUGGCACCCAGCUAAACGACGAUUCUGCUCCAAUUAUGCAUCAAACGGACGAUUCCGGCUCAGAUUAUUACGGCAAUUCGAGUACUUUGCCUCUGCGAAAUGGCGUGAACGAAAGUCUCUCGUUCCUCACGGAGCUCAAACAUCGUUUGCCCGAAUACGAGUCACUUCCGCGUCCCAGCAACAGUGGUCACAGCAGUUUCUUGCCUCCGCCUCCGGAUCCUCCAACGCCCCAAUCUGACGUUUCGUUCCACACAAGUCGCAGUACUCCAGUUCCCGUGAUUGCUCCAAAGCCCGCCAAUUCGUCGCCAGCCCACAAAUACGCAGUGCCCGAAAUUCGUCGUCCCAAUGCGCUGCAAGUGGAACCGCCCGAAGUCAAGAGACCCGAAUCUUAUUACAAAGCCAUGCAAAAGAUGCGGGACUCGACAAUGCAGCCUGCGGUUCACGAUCGACCAAAAACCGUGUACGAGAGCUCGGGCGAAGAUUCCCCGACAAAAAGUGGUCCGUCACUGAUUCCAUCUAGUCGAAAAAAUGCCCCGAGCUACAGCAGGAGUAAAAGUGAAGCACUGCUGGAGACAAAUUUCGACGAUGAAACUGUCAAUGGGCAUCCGGGAGGAGGCACCGGGCAGCUAACGAACGACAAUCGGAGCUUUAGUCAACCGCUGGAGACAGCAAUGUAGACAUUUUUUGUAGAUAAAAGUUGAACGAUCUCACAAUUAAUUAAGAAAAUGAGCAACUAACGAACAUUCCCUCCAACAAGUCAGACUUCAAGUGUUGCUGCCUUAAUAAAAAAACGCUAAAAUUAGAACAAAACAAUCAAAAAAUGUGAUUUUAAACGAGUUACGUCCAAUCAAAUGCUUAAAUUUAGUGCUAAAUUUUUAUCACGACAAAAAAAAAAGUCAAAAAUGCAUUUUUUUUAUACCUUAAUUUUAAUUUUAGCCAAAUAAAGAUUUUUUUAAGUUAAAAUUAGGAGAAACGACAAAAAAUGUAAAUAUUGUUUCACAUCAUUCCGUAUCACAUUCCGUACUUUAGAUUUUUAAGACUUGUUAAUGUUAAGCAAAGUUAUGUUACAAAUUUAUGAGAAAUUGUAUGAAAAUGUAUAAAAAAGUUUAUUUUAAGAAAUAAUUUUUUAAAUUAAAAAGCAACGAUUUAUUUGAAAAAAAAAAUAAGUUAGUUA